AUGGCGCUCGUUAGGAACGCUCAUGGACUGCACGUGAAGCCAUUCAGAGCAUCCUCGGACUUGAUGGUCCGACUCUUUGUGCUGAAUUCUAUCACUGUUGUCCCCCUCUUGGUGGAUUAUCGCGCAUUAAUACUGAGCAACCGCCGCUGACUUUUUCUUUCCCAUUCUUUUUCCGUAUUCUUACUCCCAUGAUAAGACUGCGCAUAUCCUGGGCCAAAUCCACAAUAGUAAGACCGACCGCUUUCCGCUUUUUCUCGAAGGCCCCUAGAACAAAUUAACACAGCCCCUCACACUGGGUCUUCGAGCCAUCAGGAAGCAAGGAUACGAUUGCCUGGUACCUGGGAA